GAUGUUCCAGACUCUCUACGGCCAGACCGCUGCUGCCCUCUACGCCAAGGCCGCCGGCCAGAACGCCCAGGCCCGCCAGCUCUACAACGCCUCCGCUGACACCUACUACAAGGCCAACGAUGCUGCUGCCUACGAUGACUGGGUCCGCGCCCGCAACCACUGGGACUACUUCUACAACCGCUCGUAAAUUCGGUUGUAUGUAGCAUGUUGAGAUUAGUGUAACUGUCGCAUUAAAGAAAUAAAAUACUAUUCAUUCC